CAUCUCGUUACUCCCCCUGAGAAUCCUCCUUUUAUAUACUAAUAUAUUAAAAAUAAAACAAGAAGAGGAAGAAACAGUUUCUUCUUCUCCUUCACAAUCCAAUGGCUCUUACGUUGCCAUUGAUCUUCCUCUUGUUAUCCCAUUUCUUCUUCCCUGGGGUCGAACCGACGAGCUUUGUUAUGGUGAACAAAUGUGAAUACACAGUCUGGCCGGGACUUUUAUCCAAUGCCGGAGUUCCUCCGCUUCCGACGACUGGCUUCGUUCUCCAAAAAGGCGAAGAGCAAACCAUCGACGCUCCAGCUUCAUGGGGCGGUCGUUUCUGGGGAAGAACACUCUGCUCCACCGACACAGACGGUAAAUUCUCCUGCGCUACCGGAGACUGCGGCUCCGGGACACUAGAAUGCUCCGGGUCCGGCGCCACACCACCGGCGACGCUAGCUGAGUUCACACUCGACGGAUCAGGAGGUCUCGACUUCUACGACGUAAGCCUCGUGGACGGGUACAACGUUCCCAUGCUCGUCGUCCCUCAGGGAGGAUCAGGGCAGAACUGCAGCAGCACGGGUUGUGUCGUGGAUCUGAACGGUUCGUGUCCUUCGGAGCUGAGGGUGACGAGCGUCGACGGAGCUAAACAGUCCAUGGGUUGUAAAAGCGCGUGCGAAGCGUUUCGGACGCCGGAGUAUUGCUGCAGCGGCGCGUUCGGGACGCCUGACACGUGUAAACCGUCUUCGUACUCGUUGAUGUUCAAGAACGCGUGUCCACGUGCGUACAGCUACGCUUACGAUGAUCAGAGCAGUACCUUCACAUGCGCUAAGUCCCCUAACUACGUCAUCACUUUCUGUCCGUCUCCGAACACAAGUCAAAAAUCAUCUCAAGAUCAGAGCCCAGAUCCGAAACCGACGACUCCUGCCGGAGGAAUUACGACGUGGUCGCCGGCUGAUACAUCGAUGAUAUACGAAGGAGCUUUGGAUCAGAGUAAAGCAUCACCUUCCACGUCUCAUCUUUCGUUAUGUGGAAUCACAGUCACACUUGCGCUGGCAUUUUGUCGGAUGUGGUGGCUCUUUUGACCUAACCAUGUCUCCCGCGGUAAACAUUUAAUCAGGACGAUGUGGACCCUCACUAAAAACCCUUAUCUCUUCCCGGCCCAUGUGUCUUUUUCCUUAGAACGACGUCAGAUUGAGUCAGAGUUGAAAAAGGUAGAGCAAAAAAGUUUCUUACCCGAAAUUACAACAGUACUAAUAACGGGAGGAUUCUUAAUUGUGGUGAGGAACACGUGCGGAAAGAAAGUGGGCUUCUUGUGGAGUAAAAAAAGAUGGGAAUGAUAAUUGUAAGGUCUCAGAAUAUUUGUUUAAUUUUUAGUAUGAUUAGGAUUAGAAUAUAAUGUACACUAUAUAAAGUUAAUCUAUGGGGGAAUAUUUCAUUUGUUUGUUAUCUAA